AUGGUGCUCCUCACAUCCUCGACGGUCUCCGCAAUCGUGUCGAUGGGAGUAGUCUGCAUCUUUACCUUUUUACUAUUUGUCUCGGGCUACGUGUUACAGCAAAACUCGGUGAAGAAUAUUCAACAUGCACUGCGCAAGCCCCCUGAUAGUCCGCCUAUCGUAGGGCGCGGGUCGCCUGGAUCGACAUUCCAGAAGCCUGCGCACAAACGCGGUCUAUCAGACUCGGAUCUGGGGCCAACGGGCGAUCAAGAGGUGCUUCAAGGAAGUCGGGGUCGUGGGUCGGGCUCAAAGGGGAAUUAUGCAUACCUACAGUUAUUGUCGAGGCCCGAUCCCUCUGAUAUCUGUUCCGCCGUUCUUUUCUUCAAACAACUCGCCACGAAUGGCUCCGUUAUCCCGGACCGCUUGUUCAUGUAUCCCGAAGAGUGGGAUCGCAUGUCUGCAAAGAGCCUUGGGAAAGCUGGCUCGCUAGCCUUGUCCAUCUUACGCGCUGCCAGUAUCAAAUACGGUAUCUGGCUGCUACCAAUCGAUAUCAGCGUCGCCCUACACGCUGGAUACACAAUGUCUGACACGAAAUUGCUGCGUCUCGGACAGGACCAGUUCAUGCAGUAUGAUAGUGUACUAUAUCUUCAGUCUCCAGGCUUGAUUAUGGACACAGAAAAAUUGGAUCAAGUCAUCUUAUCCCAGCCACUUCCACUCCUACAUGAUUGGAAUCGCCCAGAGUCCUACGCCAAUGAGGCCUGGACUCCCAUGUCUCUCCGUCCAGACCGCGACGAUAACUUGCCACCUGUCUACUUGAUCACGGUCAACAAUGUCGAUGGUGGACGAGUCCAGACUCGCACCCACGUGCCUAAUGCUGAUCUCCCUGGAUUUGGCAAUCUUGUGAUUGGGCCGACCAACUUUGAUCAGACUGGCGAUUUGCCAGGAUAUGUAUAUUUCGAGAACGAUCGUGAUGGCCAGGUUAAAUGGGCCGGAAACCCGCUCUUUGGAGCCUGGCGAGCACAGCAACAUGAAGUCUGUGAAGGGCUAGACUUUGACGACGAUUUCUCUCAUGAGUAA